AUGGACCCUGUGGCUAAGAAAAGAAAGCAACCUCCCUUCACUGAAGCAGAGUUGUAUAUAAUGGUGACAGAAGUGGCGAAAAGGAAGGCGGUAAUAGUUGGAAGCUUCUCAGAGAUGGGUGUGACAAGGCAUUUGAGAGAUGCUGCAUGGCAAGAAGUGUCAGCAGCAAUGGGCAGUGUCAGCCCCACCCAAAGACUUUGGAAGGAUGUUAGAAAAAAAUUCAAGGAUUAUCGCUCUGAUGUAAAAAGGAAAAUGGCCCAACAUGCAACUAAAAUGAAGAAGACAGGUGGUGGUCCUCAUGAAAUUCUAGCUCUGAAACCUUCAGGGGAAGCUUUGGUAGGAUUGGGCCUACUGGAGCAAGAAGCAGUUGAGGGAUUGGCAGAUAUUGAUGACAGUGAGGAGCCAGCUUCACCUUCUGCAGGUUCAGCCUUUUCUGUAUGGAAAGCUGGAUGUAGUAUUUCAGCUGCUACCACCUCGACUGCUGCUGCUACCACCUCGACUGCUGCUGCUACCACCUCGGCUGCUGCUGCUACCACCUCGGCUGCUGCUGCCACCACCUCGGCUGUUGCUAGCAAGCACCUGUCAGCAUUUCACAGCAUUGCUAAUGCACAACUCUUCGAGUUUUAUAUUGAUGAUGGCUCUGCAGAAGUGUCCGUCGCAUAUGAUAUACCAAUAUCAAUUAUUGAAGAACACUAG